AUGCUUCUAAGAGGUACAUACAAACAAAUUGUUCAUGCUGCUUGGACAAACAAUCAUAUCAAAAGCAGCUUGAUAGAACUAAUGAUAAAAGACGUUGAAAAAGACUCAACUAAACUUUGUUCGAAGAAGAACCCAUCCAUCCUUAGGACUACGGAUAAGCAAUGUAUGCUGUCAUUUUCAAUGGAAAAGGUUUCAGAUGAGAUCAAAGAGAGAGCUCCAAUAUUCCAUUCAGUUCUAUCGGCAGCAAGCAUCAAUAGUAGAAGUAAAGCAACGAAAGAGAAAUCUCAUUUUGGCCCAACAGCUAUGGCAGCUGCUGUAUGCUUAAAGAGUCGAUCAAGGUACAUGACUGCGGUACAGCUCCUGGUAACAGUCUUCCUUUACCACUCUAACUGUAUGGUAGGUUGUUUAUUGUUGUUUCCGUUAUUAAUUAUUAUCAUUAACCCUUUUAGUAGCAUUGCGCCCUGAUGUUCCCUACCUUGUUUAACUCUGUCUAAUGCCAGACAAUUUUACUCACAAGGGGAGUGUGCUGGCACUGAUGGGUUAAUAUUAUUUUAUCAUAUAUAAAUGUGUGUGUACUUUAAGAAACAGAUAAAUUAAUGGGUCAUUCCAGAAAACAUCCAUACCACCCUCACAGAGGAAAUUGGAAGUGAACCCCCUACCACCUUUGGAUGUCCUAAUACAUUUACUAUUAUCACAAACAAUUUUUUAUCCCCUCUCCCUCCGGGUGGCAGAAAUUUUCUCCGUGGGGAGUGGGGAUCUUUUCUGGAACGUACCAAUAUUAGCAUGUAAUAAUAAUAACAUACAUGUACAGUCCAUGUGGCUUAAUUUAUUAAAUUAAAGGUGAAAGUCGACCAUAAAAUUAUCAGAUUUAUAUAAUUGUUGUUUAGCCUGUUUGUGUCAUGAUUUUCAAUGACAGCAUGAUUGAAGCACAAUUUGUCCUUUUCAUAUUUUCCAGAAUACCCUGGCAAGACUAGGUCCUCUAAAGCUAACAACAAGCCAUACAUAUGUCUACAAGAAGCUUGAUGAAUUUGGUAUAGAUUACUAUGAUCAUAUCUUGGAAUCAGUAAAGCGACAAGGGGAGUUUUUGAAACAACAACAAGAACAAAAAACCAGUGUAAAUCCUGAGUUAGCUAAAUCCCACCAGAAUAGGAAUUUGAUUGUUCCAGAUGUUGGCAGGAAACUUGUGUUUGACAACAUGGAUUAUCGUCACGAGGUUCACUACAUGACAGAAGAGCAUCAAAGUGUGGAUAAUCAUUGUGCUACUGUUAUGGCAGUAGAAAAUCAUGUUUCAGGAAGCCACUUUAGUGGGGUUCUAAACUGGAAAAUGACAAAUGCAUUCCAUCUAAUUGUGACAAUGAUAAACAACGAGAGAACUACAUUGUUCUGGGUGGGCGUGUUAUAG